AUGGCAAUGGCAAUUGCAGAGAACGUUGUUCACAUCGCCAAUCCAACAAAUGAUGUCCAAUCUACCGGCACAAUAAACGGAAUUCACACUCCAAAGCCACUUGAGGCCACGAUAGUCGACCAAUUCGACGACUGGGUUUCCCAAAUCCCUAACUCGGUCGCCGUCGAGUGGAAGGGACAACACCUUACAUAUGAGGAGCUGCAAACCGCCUCACUCCGGGUUGCCCGCGCUCUGCUCGCCGCUGGUGUGAAACCUUAUGAUAGGGUUGCCGUCUUGACCGACAUGUCCCUUGAGAUGUUGCCCUCUAUUCUUGGCACGUUGCGAACCGGAGCUGCCUACGUGCCUAUCGACGUCGCUGCUUGGAGCCGCUCUCGUAUCGAGGCAACUCUGUUCGAGCUUUCGUCUCCGUUUGCUAUUGUCACGACACCAGUGCCUGGGCUUGCGCUGCCCGAGUCUACCAUCUAUUUUCAGAAGCAGUGGUUGCGGUCACCGCUUGGCAACGCAGCCCAAUUGACUGCUCAGUUAGAAGCGCUCCGUCAUGAUUUCAAAGACGAUUUACUCUCGUGGAUCAUAUUCACGUCGGGAACAACCGGCAAGCCAAAGGGAGUCAUGGUGUACCACAGAGCUAUCCACGCCCUCGCCAUUUCCUUCGAUCACAGUGACUACCUCGAGACCGCACUUGGCAAGGAAAUCCGUGUCAUGUUGGCCUUUUCCGUCGCGUUUGACGCUUGCGCUGCUGUAAUCUGGAGCACACUCACCAAAGGCCGUGCCAUCGUCAUGGCAUCCUCGUCAAGCUUUCCAGAGGUAGCUACCACAUGCGAAGUACUGCACCUGACCCCGUCCAUGCUGGCUUCAUUAGCACCAUCAAAGGCAUACGACCCAGCCGUCUGUAUUUUCCUGGGUGCAGAAGCGCCCAACAUUGAGGUGAUUCGCGAGUGGGCACACCCAGGCAGAAAAAUCUUCAACACUUAUGGUCCAACAGAAAGCACCUGCGUCAUUAGCCUGGGCGAGAUCGAUCCCAAAAAGGAACCGCCAUUUGGCGAAAUUGUUGCCGGGGCCAAAGUCGUGCUUGUGGACCACAACCUCAAAGAGUGCAAUAAGGGCGAGGUCCUUAUUGGUGGCCCCAACCUGGCGGCCGGUUACUUUAAUAACGCCGAGUUGACAGCCACCAAAUUUAUUCAGUGGAACGGUGAGCGGUGGUACAGGACUGGCGACCUUGCUGAAAGGACCGAAGACGGAGAUUUUGUGUGGGCUGGAAGGACCGAUUCUCUGCUCAAGAAUAGAGGAUUCUUGAUUAACAUCGAGACUGAGGUCGGCCCGGCAUUACUCAGCUUUCCAACCGUACGUGUCGCCGUCGCUCUGAUGUGGCGAGAGAAGCUGGUUGGCUUUGUUCAGCCCUCCACUGUGGAUAUCGACGAGCUUCGUGCUUUCCUCCGGCAGCGCUACGACGCAUUCGUAGUUCCCGACGAUCUCGUUGCCCUAGAUAGUUUCCCCUUGACAGUGAAUAGCAAGAUCGACAAGCACGCCCUCUCUGCGCUGCUGGAUGAACGAUUCUCGCGCGACGACGAAGGCCUGGAGGAGGAAGGGAAGGAGCUGUCCGCCUAUGAUGCCUUACGCCUCGCCUUCUCCAAGACACUUCACGUUCCCACCAGGGACCUUAACAGCAGCUCAUCAUUUAUCCGACUCGGCGGAAACUCUUUGACAUCAAUCCGCCUAGCUAACCGCCUCAAAACGUACGGAUACUCGAUUGUUGCUAUCCAGGCCUUGCGUUUAGACACCAUAGGAGAGUUAGAAAAGGUCGUCACUGUGAUUCACAAGGCAAACGCACCAGAAAACUAUACUACUGGCCCAGCAUUCGCCACCGACGUGCAAAAAGGAUUCCUCAGGAGGUCAUACGAUAAUCCAGAUUUCUGUGCCCUCAUCGGCACAGCCAGAUAUGUCGGAGAUCGUCUUGCUGUCCCCACUGCGGGCGAGCUGCACAAGUCGUUUAUCACGGCGCUAUCAGCUCAUAGUAUCUUCUCUACCCGCUUUGGCGCAGGGGACUUCUCUCUUUCUAAUCUCGGUCACCUAAACCUCAACUGGAAGGAAGUAAGUGCAACUCAGGAUGACUUUGAGAGCGCCCUUCUAGUUGAGGAAGGCAAUGCCCUCCAGGCAAUAAAAGAUGUCUCUCGCAUCGACAUCGAGGUUCCUUACUUUGAUGUCACUGUCAUCACUGUCCCCGACCGCAAAGACAUUGCUUUCAUUACGCGCGCCCACCACGUCCUGGGCGACGUCUUCUCCACAGCCAUCCUCUUCCGCGAUGUGGAAAGCGCUCUGAGGGGCGAGGCAGUGGUUCAGGGCACUCGAUGGGCCGACUUUGCCCGCUUCAUGGAUAGUUACAAACAGCAGAACCUACCGAGGGCAAUUGCUAGAUUCGAAAGGAUCCUCGGGCCGCUACCGAAAACAUCCGUAUUGCAACUUCCUGCGCCCAAGAUACCUCCACCUGAAGACCACUACGACUUGAAAAUCAUCAAGUCGCCCAUCAACUUCACCAAGUCCGAGCUCGAUGCAGCUGUGUCCUCACAGGGCAUCACUGCUACCACCAUGGUUUACGCAGCAUGGGCGCUUUUCCUAAGUAAGAUAAGCGGCUGGGACCGUGUUGGCUUCUCCAUCAGUCUCUCAGGACGAACAGUGCCAUGGCCCCCAGCUCAAGCUGUCGUUGGCCCUGUCGUAGGAAAGUCGCCUUAUAGCACGGAUGUUCCCGUGGGUAAGAAGGUAGGGGAGUGGCUGUCGGAGUUGCACAACCUGACGCUUGACAUUAUGGAGUUUGACGGCGUGACGGCCUCCCUUCCUGAAUAUCUGCGCGCUAGCCCGACAACAAACACCACUAAUGUUCUGUGCUUCCUCGAUAUGCCCCAGGCCUCGACUAGCUGGACGUUCAAGGACAAACAGAAACAUAACUACUUGCUGGAUUGGUACCUUUUUUCCAAGGGGGAUGGUAUCAAGACCGACUUUGAGUUCAACUUUGCAAAGAUUGAUGAAGAGUGGGCUAAGGAGGCGGCCAAGAUCCCGGGUCGCAUGCUGGAGAGUCUAAUUCAUGCUAAGCCGACUACUUUGGUUGGUGAAAUCUUAAACUCCACCCAGGGUAUCGUAGGUGUAUAG